AUGGAAACUGGAAUUGGAAUAGUUAUACAACAGCUAAAUGUUGCUUUGCAGGCUUUGGACACAUUUAACACAGCAGUUGUUUCUCCCAUCUAUUAUGCCAUGUUUACAUCGCUCACAAUUUUUGCAAGUGCUAUCAUGUUCAAGGACUGGGCUGGUCAGAGUGCUAGCAGCAUUGUUUCUGUGCUUUGUGGAUUUGUCACCGUUCUUUCGGGUACAGUAAUUUUGCACAGCACAAGAGAUCCAGAGGCUCCGCCUGUUUCAGAUGCAUAUUCAUCACUUUCUCCUCAAAUAUCAUGGCUGGUCCAUGCUAACGGGGAAAUAUGGAAGCACAAAGAUAAUGAUGAGAUGCAUCCUGAAUUUGUUGCAAUUAUACGACAAGACCACUUUAAAUAAGGGGAAGGAAUCUGGAAAAGUUACAAUCAGGGCUCGUUGGAUUUGUUAACAAACGUGUUGAAGGUACUCCAAGCUAGCAUUGGUGAUAGUAUUAGCAUUCCUUACUUAUCCCUUGACCAAAUAGCACUCAAAUUUCCUGCUUGAGGCAUAAUUGCUCUUGUUGACGGUUUACAGAUAACACCUGGUAGAGGUAAUCCAUUUUGGGUUUGAUAGUCACUAGGAAGCUGAAGAAAUGGUGAAGGCUAAUGUCUCUUGUUUUUGUGUCACUUCUUAUUCUAGGUUUAUUAAAUUUUUUUUUCUCACAAUUUAGGGGACACAGCCAUGGGCUUUGUAUGAGGUGAGAUCCUUUUUCGCAAAAAACGAAUAGAGAAAUCCAUUUUUCCUUGAUAAAGUCUGAUUGUGUU